CUUGUGCGUUUCAGCUGCGACAGCACCCGGUCCGGCUGCGACCCGCGCUGGGAGCUGGACUGGCAGCAUGGGUUGGUCUCAGGAUUUAUUCCGCGUCUUAUGGAGAGCGCUAUCAAAGGAAGUCAAAGAGCACGUGGGUACGGACCAGUUCGGGAACAAAUACUACCAUAUAGCGGAGUACAAGAACUGGAGAGGACAAACUAUCCGAGAGAAAAGAAUUGUGGAAGCAGCAGAUAAAAGAGAAGUAGACUAUGAAGUAGGGGAUAUUCCAACAGAAUGGGAAGCUUGGAUUAGAAAAACAAGAAAGACUCCACCUACUUUGGAGGAAAUACUAAAGAAUGAAAAAUAUAGAGAAGAAAUUAAAAUUAAAAGCCACGAUUUUUAUGAAAAAGAACUCCUUAUUGAAAAGAACAAUGAGAAACUCCUAGUUCCACCAGUUGAAACUCAGAUUAAAGGACAUGCCUCUGCUCCAUACUUUGGGAAGGAAGAACCCUCGGUGGCUCCCACCAGCACUGGUAAAACCUUCCAACCAGGAUCCUGGAUGCCACAAGGAGACAAAUCAUAAUGAGUAAAUGCACUGUGGUAAAAUUACUUCAUGUGUUUAUGACUGUUUUAACAAAUAAAAAGAUAGUUGAUAUUU